AUGUGGAACGAUCUAGGAUAUUGCUUACCGGCAGGUAGCCGAAUGUGUCCGGUUAGCAGAGGAUAUAAGGCCGCUGUUUCGAAGCUCAGCCAACAGUCAGCCGACGUCUUCUCGAAACAUGCUUACCUAUAUUCGUAUGCUCAUCGCUUUCUUCCUUCUCUUGGCCCUGAUGGCUACUCCAGCUAUUGCCUGCCUUGGUGGAUCUUCUGGAGGCUGCUGUGGACAGCCAAACUGCCCCGGACCUUGCGGAAAGUAAACCAACGACGAAAUUAUAUGCCUUCCAGGCGGACAAGUAACCCUAUUUAUUUCAACUAUUUAUCGAUCAUUGUGAAGCUUAUUCCAAUAAAAGUUUCAGUUUCAAUUUUUUUCAUAUUUAUAGAACAAAAGCAAAGACAAGAGCACCUGAGCAUCUCAAAUACAUUCAGCGAUGAGUCAGGCUGA